CCAUUAACAGGUCCCGGAAGUUACCCAUACUUAUGUCUUCACAAAGAUAUAACAGAAUUGUUCAUUCAUUUCAUUUUUGACCAACAGGUUUUAUUCGAACAAAAAGAAUGAUUUCACCAGAAUGAAUAAAACGCUUUAUAGAGAGAACAAUUGGGCAACACAGAAAUAUGUUGACAUUUUAUUCAAGAUUGUAUCCAUUGUACUCCAUUAACUUUUGACUUUCAUACAUUUCCAUUCUAAGUGUGUAAAAAAAUUAAAAAUAAUACUGAACAAAAUUAAGUCUUGAUGAAGAUUAGAUUGUAUAGGAUACUAUUAGAUAUUCAGUCGGAAUAUUAGUCUUAUUCGAUUGUUGACUACCUCCAAAGAAUUGAGUCAACAACAAUAAAUGUUGAUGACACAUAACAACUUUGAUGCUCUAAUGUAACAAAAGUCUUAUUUAAUUGACGUGUGCAGACCUCACAGUCUGUCACUUGGACUAUGUAAAAUAUUCAUUUAUUUGAAUGAUGUUUAACUCUUUUGUUCAAAACUGCAAUAACUGUGAACAACUCUAAUAAGAGGUGGUACAACGGUCGUUUAAAUUGUAAACGUUUUUUUACUCGUUCUCUGAUUCACUCGUUUCACCCUUGAGCUGUAUUGAGCAAAUAUAUCACAUAAUUCUGAUAACCUUCGUUUUCCAGGUCUUGUUAUUAGUGUUUUGCAAAUUCCCAUAAAAAGUAACGCGACAGAUCUGUAUCAACAUUGUUAGUAGAAAAAGCUGUUAUUUCAUUCCACUCGCAUUACCUUUAUAAAAACGAAUCAGCUUAAAAUUAACAUUCUAUUCAUCAUAUGGUUCGUUUUUAUUAAUGGUCCAAUGGAGUCGAACAGACAAGUGUGUGAUCAACGGACAGACUGGUUGAAUAGCAAUUUACUGGCUUCUGAUUGGUUAGUGUUUGUAGUCCAGAUACGACAUGUCUAUGAUAGCACGAUUAACAUUUUUCACACGGAUAAAUUUAUUUCCAUGCUUGGGUGAUUAGUCUUAUAUCUCGGGAUUUAAUUCGCAUAUAUCUUCAAGUAUUUUAAAUUGAUUGGAGAAUGAAAAGUGGCUGGGAGUAUAUUGUAAUCUUUUUGUACAUUAUGAUGAAUAUUCUGGAUAAACACCAAUGUCAUUCAGUGCGUUGCUACGUCUGUGAUUAUUGUCCGACAGUAACAAGCGUAUCAAUAUCAGAAGAGAACAACUGUACAUCUUGCUUAACUGCUGGUUAUAAUUAUUCGAUUCACAGAAUAUGCGUGUUUGAUAAUAGCAUACCCAUUAACUUCCCAAACGAAAAUCGAACGCAGUGUAACUCUGAUUUGUGUAACGGGUUAACAGUUGAUAACACUGCAGAAAUUCCAUCAGUUCCUAUAGUUAAUUUUACGCAGAUAUACUAUUUAAGAACACUUAAGUUGUAGCGAAAUGAACAUACUGAAAAAUAAAUGAUAAUUUAUAUUUUUGUACAUAUGAUAACUGUAAACCAUCAUGAAUGAACAUCAUUUAUAUCAUCUAACAGGGACAUCAAAAUAUCAAAUCCAUUCCGUUGCUAUACGUGUUUGAAUUGUACAAAAAGUAGCGAAAGGGUUGUUGACGGUUGUGGUGCAUGUGUGGUAAGUUCAAAUAACCAGUGUAAUAUAUUUCAUUGUAUAUAUUUAUAUGGACAAGGAAUAAACAUGAUGAUGUAAUAGAAAAAUUUUAAUGCUACAUUACGUAUUUUAAUUGUAAACAAAAACUAGCUAGUUGAUAACUUGUGUUCACCGUCACUUCCUAUAAAAUCUCCUAGAUUAGAUUUCCGUAAUUACAAAUGAUCAUGAAAUGAUCAUGAGUUAAAUUACGUUAUGCAUCUACAAUGUUUAACAAAUUUAACCAAACCAUAAGUUGGUAAGUCAUAAUAGUAACUGAUGUGUGGGCGAGAAUGACAAUGAUUGGUUGUCUCGAUGAGU